AUGGCCCCGCUUAGACGAUAUCUCAGGAUCACAAAAUACUCAGUCCUCGAAGUUCGCAUCUACCUUGACAGGCCAGCUGACGCAGAUGCAUGGCUCUUGAAACGCGACGAUCCAGCGUUGCCACGCGUCAUCCAGGCAGUUCGACCGCUGGUUCUGCCUAAAUUGCGCGAGGAAAACGAGCGAGGCAAGGGCAAAGGAGGAGCAAAGGCUAAGAAGAAGGGUGUCAAGGAUGUGGUCGUCGAAGGUCAGUCAAGUCGAAACACGGCUGAUACCAUCUCAGAAGAUUUCGAAGUCUCUAUUUUCCUGACGGAACUUUCCUCCCGUCACUCCGUAUUGACCAAACAGAAGAUUUUCAAGGACAAGGCUCGCAUUCAGAGUAACUCAGGGAAGCUGACCAAUUGGCUUACCACUGGAACAAGCGACCAACCUAUGGUCAUCAAUGAAGAUUCGACGGAGCCGAUCGUGAUCAGAGAAGAAGACGACGAAGAUGUUGACAUUGCCGACAUUCCUGAAGCAGAUGGACUGCUCGACUCCUCUAGGCGAUCAGCACGUCACAAGCGUCCAAUAGAAAACGCAGAAGACGAUGCAUCCAGCGAUAGGGGUGACAGUGGAAGCUCAGCCUUAUUCGUUCCUGGUCGGCCGAGCAAGCGAAGCAAAACGAGCGAGAAAAUCGCCGAACCCAGUCAGGAGAAAGACGCCGAAGAGGCCGGAGAUGACAAAAAGAAACUUGGACUGAAUACCUCGUAUGAUGGCUUCAGCAUCUACGGGCGCAUUCUGUGUCUUGUGGUGAAGCGCCGCGGCGCAAGACUUCCAGGGCCAGCCUCAAGUCAACAGAUGUUGGAAAACUGGGUUUCUACGCAAGCCGCUGCGGAGCCCGAGGAUGACGAAGAUGCCGGAUGA